AUGGUUGUCGUCAACAGCUGUGAUGGCGAGGGGGCUGUUCCGGUGAUGAACCGUAGCAGCGAUCGGUCUCCGACGAGCCUUCCUUGGUGCAUUUGGUUCGUCGGCAGCCACAGCUCGAGAAAAGGGAAGCACAUCGACAUCAGUCGACAUUCAGGGGGUUUGGGUGGUUCUUCGUCGAACGAUGGGGGCUGCAAUCGGCAGCUCCCUUAUGUUUUCUUAUUUCUGAAUCGAUGGUACCCUCAGAGCGGGAAUACAACAUUUAGGGGUGUUUGGAUUGUUAUUCCAGUUGACUGGAUCGAAAGGGCAACAACAUACUUUUUGAGAAGUUGUUUCUUCUUUGAUUUCACUGGGAGGGCAACUAGAAGAGAAAGAGAAAGAGUGAGGAAGAGGGUGAGUGUGUUUUCUUUCUAUCAUUGGAUGCAGUAA